GCACGCCCUCGGAAGCGCAGGCUCACGGCGCGGCGCUGGGGGGCUCCCCAGCACCCCAGCCCCUCGUCUCCAGCCCGCUGCACCUCCGGGCCCCCCUUACCCUCGAGAGGCACCGGGAGUUGUCGCAGGGGGGCCUCGGGAAAUUCCCCGGACCCCUGUGCCAGGAGGUGCCCGGUUUGCCCGCUCCCCACCCCCCCCGAGGGCGGUGCCCGGGGGCACUGCCCCAUGGAGCGGGGAGGCGGGCACCGUCUGCUCCGGGAGCCGUGACCCAAGUCGGAGCUGUGUGUCGCAGCCUCCCCGACCCCCGCCGACCAUGCGCCGCCGUCCCUGGCUCGCCAGUCCCACCGGGCUGUGAGCCCCCCACUCCUGGCCCGUCACGGCCCGCGCGCCAUGGGCAGCGCCCACCCUCGCCCCUGGCUGCGGCUCCGACCCCGGCCCCAGCCGCGGCCCCCGCUGUGGGCGCUCCUGUUCUUCCUACUGCUGCUGGCUGCCGCCGUGCCCAGGUCGGCACCCAACGACAUCCUGGGCCUCCGCCUCCCUCCAGAGCCCGUGCUCAACGCCAAUACGGUGUGUCUGACAUUGCCCGGCCUGAGCCGGCGGCAGAUGGAGGUGUGCGUGCGUCACCCUGAUGUGGCCGCCUCAGCCAUCCAGGGCAUCCAGAUCGCCAUCCAUGAGUGCCAACACCAGUUCCGGGACCAGCGCUGGAACUGCUCUAGUCUUGAGACUCGCAACAAGAUCCCCUACGAGAGUCCCAUCUUCAGCAGAGGUUUCCGAGAGAGCGCUUUUGCCUAUGCCAUCGCGGCGGCAGGCGUGGUGCACGCCGUGUCCAACGCUUGCGCCCUGGGCAAACUGCGUGCAUGCGGCUGCGACGCUUCCCGGCGCGGGGACGAGGAGGCCUUCCGUAGGAAGCUGCAUCGCUUGCAGCUGGACGCGCUGCAGCGCGGUAAGGGCCUGAGCCACGGAGUCCCGGAACACCCGGCCCUGCCCCCUGCCAGCCCCGGCCUGCAGGACUCCUGGGAGUGGGGCGGCUGCAGCCCAGACGUGGGCUUCGGGGAGCGCUUCUCUAAGGACUUUCUGGACUCCCGGGAGCCUCACAGAGACAUCCACGCGCGCAUGAGGCUCCACAACAACCGAGUCGGGAGGCAGGCGGUGAUGGAGAACAUGCGGCGGAAGUGCAAAUGCCAUGGCACGUCAGGCAGCUGCCAGCUCAAGACGUGCUGGCAGGUGACGCCCGAGUUCCGCGCCGUAGGGGCUCUGCUGCGCAGCCGCUUCCACCGCGCCACGCUCAUCCGUCCGCACAACCGCAACGGCGGCCAGCUGGAGCCCGGCCCCGCCGGGGCACCCUCGCCCGCCCCCGGCGCUCCCGGACCGCGCCGCCGGGCCAGCCCCGCCGACCUGGUCUACUUCGAGAAGUCGCCCGACUUCUGCGAGCAUGAGCCGCGCCUGGACUCGGCGGGCACCGUGGGCCGCCUGUGCAACAAGAGCAGCACGGGCCCCGAUGGCUGCGGCAGCAUGUGCUGCGGCCGCGGCCACAACAUCCUGCGCCAGACGCGCAGUGAACGCUGCCACUGCCGCUUCCACUGGUGCUGCUUCGUGGUCUGCGAAGAGUGUCGCAUCACCGAGUGGGUCAGCGUCUGCAAGUGAGAGGCCCGGGGUCCCCUGGGCCGCGAGAAGGGAUCUCCUCCUUGAGCCUGGCCCUCUGUGGCUUGCGAUCUUGGCCCGGCAGCAUCUCCUCGGCUCCUGGGAGAGGAGGUUGGACGGCAUGAUUUUAUGGGAACCUCCCAGCUCUGAGGGUCUGCAAUCAGGACGCGGGGACAGUCCAGGCCUGUCUGAACCCCGCCAAUCACUUCUGUGGCCUGUAGGACUGAUUCCCCUCCCUGUCCCUGACCCAAGCUCAGACAGCUCAGCUGAUCUAGGACCUGCCCCGCACCCUAGGAUAAGUGUCAGCCAGGCAGCUUCUCAUCCUGUGUCCUUCAUCCUUUCAUCCCUUCCCCUGGAGUGGGAGGGAAUGAAUGGAAGCUGAUGGGCCCGGGGGGAACAGGAUUAAAAAGAAGAAAUGGACAUAAUUGAGCUGAAGUGAUUCUAUAAAGGCCCCAGAUAUUUUCUCCACUGGCCUCUGCCCCUUAUCAUUCCCCUCAUCGUUCAUUUAACAAAUAUUUAUUUUGCACUCUCCUCGUGGCACUCUUUGGGGGGAUGAGGGGCACUAGGUUUACAGACGUGAAUAAGACAGACACAGCACCUGCCUGCUCGGAGUUUACAUUCUUGCUGGGGAAGAUGGACAAUAAACAAGCAAAUACACAAA